UCUCUCACACACAAACACACACAAUUUCCCUUACUUCUGGGUUCUGAUGCGGGCCACCAUUAGAGGUAGCCAUAAAUCUUCACUCUGCGUGGAAAUUUCAUGGCCCUGAGCAAUACUUCAUCAAAUGGGUACCCUUCACCGAGAGGUACAUGGAGAUAACCCACGUCUCUCCUAGCUCCACUGAUCUUGUCUCCGUAGCCAAUAACCAAAGUUCCUUUUCCAUGCCGACGUCAACGAUUGGCGGCCGCUCUGUUAAGGUCAUUCCUCUUGACUAUUCUACCGCACGGGCAUCUUCUUCGUCGGCCUAUUCUAUAGCCGAGAGAUGGCGGUCGAAGAUUAAGCUGAUGACAUUUGUGGAAUGGAUGGAUUUAUUCUUUCCUUGUUCACGAUGGAUUCGAACCUAUAAAUGGCAUGACUAUUUACAGGUUGAUCUCAUGGCUGGACUCACUGUUGGUGUCAUGAUUGUUCCUCAGUCAAUGUCCUACGCAAAGUUAGCUGGGUUGGAACCAAUAUAUGGACUUUAUUCUGGGUUCAUGCCAGUAUUUGUCUAUGCUGUUUUUGGGUCAUCUCGACAGCUUGCAGUUGGUCCAGUUGCUUUGGUCUCUCUUUUGGUAUCUAAUGUCUUAGGUAACAUAGUAGAUUCUUCUGAUGAAUUGUACACUGAACUUGCUAUCCUUUUGGCACUUAUGGUUGGGAUUCUAGAAUGCAUAAUGGGGUUACUAAGGCUUGGAUGGAUUAUACGAUUUAUUAGUCACUCUGUGAUUUCUGGCUUUACAACUGCUUCAGCCAUUGUGAUUGCCUUAUCUCAAGCAAAAUAUUUUCUUGGAUAUGAUAUUACGAGAAGUAGUGAAAUCAUUCCAGUGAUCAAGAGUAUAGUAUCUGGAAUAGACCAGUUCACGUGGCAACCUUUUGUCAUGGGAUCUAUCAUUCUUGCUAUUCUUCUGACCAUGAAGCACUUGGGGAAAACAAGGAAGUAUCUGCGAUUUUUACGAGCGGCUGGUCCCCUCACAGCAGUUGUUCUGGGUACAGCAUUCGUGAAGAUAUUUCAUCCAUCUUCUAUUUCUGUGGUAGGAGAUAUCCCCCAGGGACUCCCCAAGUUUUCUGUGCCUAAGGCGUUCGACCACAUAACAUCACUGAUACCAACUGCACUUCUCAUCACUAGUGUAGCAAUAUUGGAGUCUGUGGGGAUAGCUAAAGCGUUGGCAGCAAAGAAUGGAUAUGAAUUGGAUUCAAAUCAAGAGUUAUUUGGUCUUGGAGUGGCAAAUGUGGUUGGAUCAUUUUUUUCAUCAUACCCAACCACAGGCUCCUUUUCCAGGUCUGCUGUCAACCAUGAAAGUGGUGCAAGAACAGGCUUGUCUGGAGUUGUUACUGGAAUCAUAAUGGGCUCUGCAUUAAUGUUCUUGACUGAUUUAUUUGAAAACAUACCGCAGUGUGCAUUGGCUGCUAUUGUGAUUUCUGCUGUCAUUGGUCUGGUGGAUUAUGACGAGGCUAUAUUUCUAUGGCGUGUAGACAAGAAAGAUUUUGUCCUUUGGAGCAUAACGGCUGCAAUUACCUUGUUCAUCGGUAUCGAGAUUGGAGUUCUUGUUGGGGUUGGCGUUUCACUCGCCUUUGUCAUCCAUGAAUCAGCAAAUCCACAUGUUGCUGUCUUGGGGCGCCUUCCUGGCACAACUAUCUAUAGGAAUAUUCAACAAUAUCCAGAAGCAUAUACAUACAAUGGAAUUGUCAUUGUUCGAAUUGACGCACCCAUCUAUUUUGCCAAUACAAGUUACAUAAAAGACAGGCUAAGAGAAUAUGAAUUUCAUUGCAAGGAUGAUGGAUUCACAAAACGUGGACCAGAAGUUGAACAAAUCCAUUUUGUUGUUAUCGAGAUGGCACCUGUAACAUAUAUAGAUUCAAGUGCUGUUCAGGCAUUGAAAGACUUGCAACAGGAAUAUGAAUCACGUGAUAUAAAGAUGGCCAUAGCGAAUCCAAACAAAGAAGUCCUGAUGACACUAUCGAAAUCUGGAUUGGUUGAUAAGAUUGGAAAAGAAUGGUGUUUCGUGAGGGUACACGAUGCAGUUCAAGUCUGCCUUCAGCAUGUUGAGAAUUUACUAGGAACGCAUAGGAACCAGCAGCCGCCAUUAAUGUCGUGCCAAGAAACCGGAAUAAUGGUAAAGGAGAAGAAGACAGUUGAGGAUGUUUCUAGCAGCAGCUCUAAGUUUCUGUCGGGUGACAGAAGAAGUUAUUCAGAUGGACCAAAAGAUGUGGAAUCACAGAUGGAGCCAUUGAUAUUCAAGAAGCCAUAAAAAUCUGAAAACGGUUUCAUAUUUUGACAGUCAAUUUAAGUAUAUAUAUAUAUAUAUUGUUUAUUUCAUCCACCCCUAGUUAAUAUCUGAUUCUUUGGAAGCAUCUUAUUUGUCAAUUCGUGGUUAUAUUUUGUAUUAUAGAUAGGGUUACCAGGUUUGGUUAGUUCUGUUUUUUGCUAAAUAAAAUUAUUUAUCCUCUA